AUGCAACAAAAUUCUACAAGUUACCGAAAUCGUUUGAAUGAUUUAGCGAUAGCCGAUCGUCAGCGUCAACAAUCGGACGAAAUUCAAAAAGAUGCCAUUUGGUCAUCAUAUAUAAAAGAUUUGGAAAGACUUUUUAUGAAAAAUACUCAGAAUUAUUCUGUUGAUGAACAGAGAAUGCGUGCAGCUUUUGUACGAGCAAAAUCAUUAACAACACUACGUCAAAUCGAUGUGAAACGAAAAGGUUAUUUGAUUCAGUUUUUGUAUGAAGCGGAUCUUCUUCAUGGUGGUGACAAAAAUAAUUUAAUAGACCUAAGUGGAGCUGAUUUGAGUGGUAUUCAUCUAGGUAGUUCACCUACAUCACGGUAUGUUCUAGACAAUAUUUCUCUUCGUAACGUGAAUUUAACAAAUGCAUCAUUUAUUUCAACGUAUUUGGAAAACGCCGAUUUUACUGGUUCAAUAAUGACCAAUGCAAAUUUUACUGAUACAUAUUUACAUAGGGCGAAAUUCAUCGAUUGUCAGUUAGAUUAUACAAGUUUUCAAAAUGCCUAUACUUUAACGACAGUGUUCGAAAAUGUGAAUUUUACGGGAG